GCAGGAGGUGUUGGUGAACAGUGGCUCCAGUGGCAAUGUUUCAACACUCAGCUGGCUAGCUAAGGCAGACCUAGACUGCCAGACAGUGGAGGAGCUCAGGGGGAAACUGAAAUACUUUUUCAUGAGUCCUUGUGAGAAAUAUCAGGCAAGGGGUCGUAAGCCAUGGAAGAUGAUGCUUCAGUUUGUGAAGAUCAUCAUCAUAACUGUUCAGUUAGUAUCUUUUGGACUGAGCAAUGAGAUGAUGGUCACUUUCAAAGAAGAGAACCUCCUGGCCUUCAAACACCUCUUCCUUAAGGACUACAAGGACCGGGGCAGCACGUAUGCAGUCUAUACAAAGCAUGAAGUCCACGACCAUAUCGACCACAUCAUCAUGAGGUACUUGAACCUGCAGAAUGUGACCGUGGGCAAUCAUGCGUUUGAAACAGUGAAUGGAGUGGUUACCCCUCUUUCCCUGUGUCAGGAAUUCUAUCGCCAUGGCAACAUCUCCCCUGAAAACGACUCAUUUGACAUUGAUCCCCAUGUCGAAAAAGAGUGCAUUUAUAUUUAUCCUAUGAACUCCAUGGAAUAUGAAGUCUUUCCAAAUGAUGCAAACUUCACACUGCAUUUUAAAAGACUGUUAUCUGUGAACAUCUAUCUCAAAGUGAAGGCUAUUAAUCUGCAAACAGUUCGUCACGACGAGCUACCAGACUGCUACAACUUCAGCAUUGUGAUAGAGUUUGACAACAGAGCCCACAGUGGACGGAUUAAAGUGUCUUUAAACAGCAAUGCUGAGAUAAAGGUCUGCAAGGAAUGGACUGUCUCAAACUCCAACGCUGUGAGUCACUUCCUGCUGAUCGUGCUGUUUGACUCGCUGGUCAUCGUGGUGUGUCUGCUGUCGCUGGUUCUGUGCACACGCUCGGUGUGUGCCAGUGUCCGCCUGCUGCUCGAGUACGUUUGGUUUAUCUCUGAGCAUCAUGGGACAGUGUCAUGGUCCGAUCGCAUGCAGUUUGUCAAUGGAUGGCACAUUCUGAUCAUCCUCAGUGACGUACUGACUAUUACUGGAUCAGUUCUCAAAAUCUGCAUCCAGAGCAAAGAGCUGACAAACUACAAUGUAUGCAGUAUUUUAUUGGGCACCUCCACCAUACUAGUGUGGACUGGAGUCAUGCGUUACCUGGGCUUCAUCAAGAAAUAUAAUAUCCUCAUCCUCACACUGAAGGCGGCACUGCCCAACGUCAUGCGAUUCUCCACCUGUGCUGUGCUCAUCUACGUCAGCUACUGCUUCUGCGGCUGGAUCGUGUUGGGACCGCACCACGAAAAUUUUCGUAGCUUCAACACUGUGGCGUACUGCCUGUUCUCCAUGAUCAACGGCGACGAGAUCUAUUUGACCUUCAGCAAGCUGCGGGAGAGGGGCUCCAUGGUGUGGCUCUUCAGCAGGGUCUACAUCUACAGCUUCAUUUCCAUCUUCACUUACAUGGUCCUCAGCCUCUUCAUUGCCAUCAUCACCGAAACGUACGAGACCAUCAAGCAACAGCAGAAGCAGCAGGAUGGCAUGGUGUUCUCUGAGCUUCAGGCCUUUAUCACCACAUGCAAAAACCAUCCAACCUUUGGCACAUACAAGCUGGAUCAAGAGCCCUCUAGCUACCUCUGACCGCCUUGCCUCUGACCGCCCUGCCUCUGCACUGGCCCAAGCAGACAAUCAGGAUCCACCCUGCAGGAAACCACAUUUACACUGCAAAACAGCUAUAUACCAGCUUCCUAACAGCUAGGUAGCAGCUUCAUUAAAUCUGCACUUGGUUCUGAAGUCACGGGCUCUGAUAUAUUGUGCAUGCAGUAGAUUACAGACAGGGUGAGCUUUUGUGUUCCUUGGCCUCAAUGGGCACAAGUGCUUUCACUGCAGGAAAAAAAUCAAAAGGCCAUAAUACAAUGUCUACCCUCCUGUUAAGAGAUUUGACAGUUUAUAGCAUACUGAGGGAGGUGCCUGUGUACGUGUUUAUCACUCUGUUUACAUUGAUAGAAUUUCUCUUGAUCACUUUUAAUUUGCCAUUAAUAUAAUAAGAUACAACACUUAUAAAUGACAGUAAAAUGCCGUAGAACUGUUCUGAAAGUUAUACACUACCCAUAUUCCUCUAUAUAGAUCAAUAUGAAAGAUAUUCAAGUUCAAUAUAAUGUGGAAGUGUGAAAUAUUCUUACUGACAAGCUUUUUAUUUGAACACUUAGUGACUUGAAAAGUGUGUUAUUAUUAAUGUUAUUAUUAAAGGCUCCACUUCUUGGCGUCUGUUGUAUAAUUCAAAUUAGACCCCUGAAGGUCUAGUUUUUUGUUAUUUGAGUUGUUGUUUUUUUUUAUUCUUUAUGAAAUAAUGGUGACUCAGUCAAAAAUUGGGAUAAUGUUGAGAAUAAACUGUUCCCUUUUUUGCUGUGGUUACUGAAUAUCCUCCCUCACCCAAGGGAAGGAAGAUUAGAGCUCAAAUGGAAAAAGUGGGUUUGUAAAGUGUAAAUGUCAAGUGGAGUGUUAGCUAAUAGGGGACUGGACAGUGGAGUGUCCAAAGCACUUGGGCUUUGUUGAGGAUAUGAAAGCCAGCAAAAAUCAUGGGGAAUUUUGCAGCCUUUUUAUCUGCUCUGUGAGUAUCUGAGGAUGGAAGUGUUUUGACUACUAGUCAUGGUAAACCCACACACGUUGGCAAAAUGGCCUGAUGUAACUGGGUUGCUUCAACAAAUUGACUGUUGUGCUGACAAAAUCUGGCCUGAUUAAAUGGAUAUGUUAAGUGAGUCUUUGCAAUCGCUUGAAGAUAAAAUUAUGUGGCUUGCAGGGCAGGCUAUGGCUCAUUCCCCAGGGCUUUUGUUUAAUGUUCCGCCCCAUACCACAGACCAGCCAGUAGUUCCAGCAGCACCAGGUUUGCAGAGCGCGGUUCAGACAGCUCUGACUGGUCAGACAGGCAUGCCGCAGUAGUUGCGCCUUAGAAACGAGACUGCCUCCACUCAAAGUCAGUAACCCAAAGAGUAAAUGAUAAGAUCAUACUGGGAUUCUGGGAUCCGGAUUCUUGCGGGAUCCCAUGAUCUGUCCAAUCGGGAUGCGUCUGUAAUCCUUCAGACAUGCACUCCUCCCACCUAUCCUGGUGCCUUUGCUUCUAUACCAAUGCCACACCCACCUACCUGUGUGGGGGAGGCGUUCUGGAUGCUGAGAGUCUGUGUGGAGCAGAUGUUAGGCUUGUGGAGCUCCUCCCACUCUGAUGUCACAGACAUCAUCCAGGGACCUACUGAGUCUUUUGCACGGUUCCUUUUCAUGCUUUGUGAUGGCCUACUGUAACUACACUAAAACUCCACCUUCACAGAAAUCUAUGAGAGCACUCUUCCCACCUUGUGUACGUGGGUUAACUCGGCACGGUGGGGGGGAAAGGCCCAGUGUGUCAUGAAUAAAAGUUUAGCAGCCAAUAAAAAAGGUUGUGGACAUGGUAAUGCCCACUGCAAAGUCUAACAAAAAGAACAAGAAAGCCCUGAAGGCCACGGUAAAAACACAGACAAUUCUCUUGUCACAAGUGUAAAAAAUAUGACCAUGAAAC